AUGGAAUCGGCGUCGUCUCGCUGCUCGGAGAACGACGUUGCGGCUCGCGUGCUGACCACCCUGUUCAACGCGGAGCACGUCACCAUCACCACCCGCAAGGAACUCGACGAGAUCGUCCGCCCCUACAGCUGGACGCUGAAUAUCGCCAAGGCCAUCUUCGCAGGACUAGAACAAGCCAUCAAGAAGGGUAUCCAGGCCGGCCCCGCGGUGGCCACUGCGCUCGAGAAAGCGACCGCCGCCGCCGUCGACUUCGCCGCCGAUCAUCCGCUCUAUUGCGCCAUUCUCGCGAUCGGCGUCCUCGUCCUACUCACCCCCUGGGUCAUCGAGAUCCUGGGCUUUGGCGAACUCGGUCCCAUCGAGGGCUCCUUCGCCGCCGCCUGGCAAGCCAGAUACGCCGGCUACGUGCCUAAAAACUCGCUCUUUUCGUACCUGCAGCGCUUGGGCAUGGUUUGGAAACAUUAA